AUGAAGGGUGGCGCCAUAGUUGCUGUUAUUUUUGUGCUGUCAGUGGGCCACCUGCGUUCUUCAUGGUUGGACUGCUUCAUUUUCAAUAACCAUGUUCAUCGCUUGUAGCAUAUGAUGUGCUCAUCGGCGACUACAUAUUGCCUGAGUUUUAAAAUAAAAUCGAAGGAAAACGGAGAAUCAAGCAACAACAAUGUUGCUAGUGCAAAACCAGCAAAACCAACAACAACAACAACUACUAAAACUACAAAAACAAAAGCAACAACAAGACACCACAACACUUCCACACCAAUGCAGCAGCAACAACAGCAGCAAUUGCAACAACAACACCAACACCAGCAACAACAGUUGCAAUUGCAGACGACGCAAAAGCAAGCACAGACGCAACAGUUAACCAACAACAUCAUAUUGCUGCGCGGCGCACGCAACGAAAACGGGCAAAUUGUCAUACAGAACAAGCAUGGCAUAAUCAGCAUAUAUAAUAAUGAUCAGCAACAGCAACAGCAACAACAACUGCAGUUGGAACAUCAAAAACAGCAGCAACAGAAAAUUGAUAAAACAACCGUUGCUGCGACACUGACACAAUUGCCCACAGCCACAACAGUUGCACGCAAAUCAAUACAAACAACAGCAACACCCACAACAACAACAUUACUUGGUAAUACGAAAAGCCCUGCUUAUGUUGCCAAGGAGACCGCGGCGACACCGUCCCAAGGUGGCAGUGGGGGCGGCGGUGGUUCCACUGGCAAUGCGACCAACACAAUUCUGUUGCAAACGCCAAUCAAUGCAAGCCAACUGGAAUCGGUGCUGCUGCACACGGCCAAUUUGAAGAAGACAUCCAACACUUCUACCGCUGCAGAUCGCCAGUAUCUCUUUAAAACGGCCUCGCGUAGCCUCAGCACGGACAGCAAUCGCCUAGGUCGCGCCUCGGAGGGCGGCAGCAUGGGCAGCGGUAGCUUGAGCAACAACAGCAGCAGCAGCAGCAGUAGCAUCGCCAGCAAAGCACCGUUUGUGUUGCAAACACUUAAGCGGCUGGAGAAGUCGCAAUCCAUACUAGUCAUACGUAAUCCGUCUGCCUCAUCGGUGGCUGCGCUCACAGCCUCUGCUUCCGCAUCAUCGCUAUCGACUGUCUCCUCGUCGAGUAAUAUUGCGCACGCCGCAACCUCCACCAGCUCAGAUAAUGUGUCCAACACCGGCGCGCUACUUUCCUCAUCUUCCGCUUCCUCCUCCAUAUCGGGUUCCACGAUUUCACUGUCUUCAGGCCAUUUGGUCACGGCAGCGCAGACGGUUAGUGUUAGCACCAAUACACAGACGGGCGCCGUGAACUUCACACGUGCUACCAAAAGUCAACAGACCAAUGGAACGGCUGUGGUGUCAUCCGCAGCUACAACAACAGCCAAAUUGGGCAAUAUCACCGUGAACCGCACCAGCAGCGGUGCAACAACAGCUGCUGCGUUAUCAACGAAAACGACGCUGCCAGUUUCUGCUGCCACAACAACUACAACAUACUUGCGCUUAGCCAAUGCAACAACUGUGUUUGCCAACAACAACAGCGGCAAUCACAAUAAUGGUAGCGUCAACGGGGUGGGCAUGAAUAAGGUUGUGGUGGUCAGUGGCAGCAAAAGCCAUAACGUCAGUGCUGUAAACAGCAGUAAGAGCAUCAGUGCGAGCGGUAUGAGAAUUGUUGACACACAUACCCAACAACAACAGCAACAGAAAACACAACUCUGUUUGUCCGACAUGCAGUUGAAGUUGGAGACACGCGGUGGUGGAGCGGGAGGCAUCGUUGUUGCCUCACCACAGCAGCAACAAGCAACAGCAACAACAUCCGUGCACCAACAACAGCAACAAGCUCAGGUGCAGCAGCAAAAACAGCCAGUGUCAAAUGCGCCUCGCGGGAGCGUGGCUAGUGCUUUUAGUAAAAAUACGUAACUGAAAUUGUCAACAAAAUACAUUUGUCAGCGUUUAGACGUGCUUUGUUGUCUAUUUGGAAAUU